UUUGUGAUGAGGAGACUGCUGUGUUUUCACGCAGUCAGACAUACAUGUUCCCUGGACCCCUCUUCAGAGCUUUCUCUUGAUGAUGAAUUGCUUCCAGGGCACCAAUGCCUCUGCUCUGGAAAAAGACAUUGGUCCAGAGCAGUUUCCAAUCAAUGAACACUACUUCGGAUUGGUCAAUUUUGGGAACACAUGCUACUGCAACUCCGUGCUUCAGGCGUUAUAUUUCUGCCGGCCGUUUCGUGAGAACGUGUUGGCAUACAAGGCCCAGCAAAAAAAGAAGGAAAACUUGCUGACGUGCCUGGCAGACCUUUUCCACAGCAUCGCCACGCAGAAGAAGAAGGUCGGCGUCAUCCCACCAAAGAAGUUCAUUUCAAGGCUGAGAAAAGAGAAUGAUCUCUUUGAUAACUACAUGCAGCAGGAUGCACACGAGUUUUUAAAUUAUUUGCUGAACACUAUUGCAGACAUACUGCAGGAGGAAAAGAAACAAGAAAAGCAAAAUGGAAAAUUAAAAAAUGGCAACAUGAAUGAACCUGCGGAGAAUAAUAAACCAGAACUCACUUGGGUCCAUGAGAUUUUUCAGGGAACGCUCACCAAUGAAACCCGAUGCUUGAACUGUGAAACUGUUAGUAGCAAAGAUGAAGAUUUUCUUGACCUUUCUGUUGAUGUGGAGCAGAACACUUCCAUUACCCACUGUCUGAGAGACUUCAGCAACACAGAAACACUGUGUAGUGAACAAAAAUAUUACUGUGAGACAUGCUGCAGCAAGCAGGAGGCCCAGAAAAGGAUGAGGGUAAAAAAGCUCCCCAUGAUUUUGGCUCUGCACCUAAAGAGGUUCAAGUACAUGGAGCAGCUCCACAGGUACACCAAGCUGUCUUACCGGGUGGUCUUCCCUCUGGAGCUCCGCCUCUUCAACACCUCCAGUGAUGCUGUGAACCUGGACCGCAUGUAUGACCUGGUUGCUGUGGUCGUUCACUGUGGCAGUGGCCCUAAUCGUGGGCAUUAUAUUACUAUUGUGAAAAGCCAUGGUUUCUGGCUUUUGUUUGACGACGACAUUGUAGAGAAAAUAGAUGCUCAAGCUAUUGAAGAAUUCUAUGGCCUGACGUCAGAUAUAUCAAAAAAUUCAGAAUCUGGAUAUAUUUUAUUUUAUCAGUCAAGAGAGUAACUUAAAGAACUAUGGGACUAAUUCAAGUGGAGGGGGCAUUGUUCAAAGCACUAUUCCCCAGUUUCUCCGCAGACCCCCUUUCCUAGCGGCCCAGUAGCAUUAUCACUCCGAGUCUGAAUGGUCUGGCUGUGUUAAACUUUCUCCUCUUGUUUUACAUGCAGCACUACUCUUGGUUUUAUUUUGGUCUGAGGUAGCAUUAACUGCAAUCAGAUUGUCAUAAGAUUUAUAUGAGUAACAGUUGCUAAUUUGAGGAUUUAGGUGAAUGGUAUGCCACUUCUUAUGUCUGACUAAAUGAGAAUGACAUUUCCAGUGAAUGUCACAGUCUGCUUUAAGUGUUUAUGAAACUUCUGGGGUCUCCUUUCAGUGCAUUCCUUUAACUUGCCCCUGGAAACAUUGCUACACAGUUUUAGCUUGUUUGCUACUUUUUGGACAGAAGGAUGGAAGAAUUUGGUAGAUGUUUGUUCACCUUUUAGGGCUGCAACUAUAGCUUUAAGUAUGUGCAAGGGAAAAUGUUUAAAAGUGAGUAACCUUGAUGUUAAAAAUCAUCCUCCACGUAGAGCAGGGUGAAGAGAAGCUUGCGUGGUGGCUGGAGUCCGCACCAGGCUGUGCUGACCUAGCCACGGAAUUCCAGGGGCUGCGAAGUUGUGGAGCUCAGGGCAGGCAAAGCCAACAGGAAGAAGUUUCUGUGGACAGUAAAAAGAUUGCUUUUCUUAUCUUUUUACCAAAACCGAGUUUCAGGAAAAUACUUCAAUGCUGUUAAUUUUUAGUGACACUUUUCUUCUGUAAGGUCCUGUGAGUUGUACUUGUCCCGUUCCUGGCACUGCUAAGCUUCUCGAGCUGACUUUCCCAUCCUGCUGAUGUCUCGCGGUCGGCGGUCCCAGGGUGGAGACACCAUGCUGACUGCCCCUGGCACCUCUCUCCGCAGCCUGCCAGCACCGCCACCUUCCAGUGGGGAAGGAGUGGCAGCACUGUACCUUUAUGCCUCGGCCACCUCACCAGCUUACUUGGUUCAUGCAUUCAGUCUGUUCCCUGAGGCACUGGUGAGUUCCAGGGCUCGGGUGGAGCCCUCGAUAGAGGCAGUGCUGGAGUCGGCUGGGUGUGAGGGGGGUCGACGGGAGCGUCGUCGGGCUGCUGGAGCCGUGAACAAGACGGCAGCUGUUUCUCUGGCUCAGACUCCUAGGAUGCUCAACAAGACAGUUUUUUUGGAAGAACCUCAUCUCACUAUGGUUACUUUUACCUUUUCCACUUUUGUUACAUAUGUAUUUAUUAGAGCAUUUGAGUAUUGGUACCUUUUAUUAAAAAGGUCAAUUUGG